AUGAUACCUGAAUCUCUCGGUUCGUUCUCUGCAUGCAGCUUUGGAGUGCUCAUGUUGAUGGUGACAACGGGCCGUGACGUCACAUUCUAUGACAAGGGCAAGUCUGUGAACAUCGCCCAAUGGGUGAAAGAGCAGAUAGGGAGAAACGAGGUAGCGGUUCUGAAGGACCCUCGCAUGGAUGCUUCAGAGGAGAUUAUCAUGCGCAUCACACAGCUGGCUGUCCGCUGCACUGCGAAGCGCACGGCAAACAGGCCCAGCAUGACUGACAUUGCCACCGAGCUGCAGACCAUUUUGGUUGCAUUGGGCGGCCCAACGUCGAGAGUGUUCCGGGCGGCGGAGCAGGUGGAUGCGCAGCUUGACGGUGCCAACUCCAAUAGGAUGGACCUGGAUGAGGCCUUUUCGAUGAUUGACAGCAUGAAUGAGCAUGCGCGGGAGAUGAAGUCCGAGGAUGUGUAA